GGGAAAAAACAGAGGAAAAUAGACUUCUCUGAGACAUCUGCAGGGUUUCUCUAAUAGUGUGUUUGGGUGUGUGUGUGUGUCUGUAUGUGACUUUUCCUGGGCAUGGAUACCCCACUGACCACCCCACUCCUCCUCACCCUCCUCCUCCGCUCCCUCUCCCUCAUUCAUGGGGCCAUGGACUCCUGCUACGAUGACAACGAGGGUGUCCCAAGCCGCUGCAUGCCCAAGUUUGAGAACGCAGCCUUCAACCGCACGGUCAUGGCCUCUAACGUGUGCGGUUCGCCCCCGGAGGACUACUGCAUGCAGACGGGCUCGACGCGGUCCUGCCACCACUGUAGAGUGUGGGACCCGGGCCUCAGCCACAACGCCAGCCUGCUGACGGACUUCCACACGGAUGAGGAACCCACCUGGUGGCAGAGCCAGUCCAUGUUCUACAGAGUCCAGCACCCUAACUCUGUAAACCUCACCCUGCACCUCAGCAAAGCCUUUGAGAUCACCUACGUGAGCCUCAAGUUCUACACCAAUCGACCGGAGAUCUUUGCCAUCUACAAGCGAACAAGUGAGGAUGGACCAUGGAUCCCCUACCAGUACUACAGCGCCUCCUGUACCAAGACCUAUGGGAAGAACGACAAGGGAUACAUUCGCCCGGGGGACGAUGAGAGGAUGGCAGUCUGCAACGACGAGUUCAGUGACAUCUCCCCUCUGACCGAGGGCAAUGUGGCCUUCUCUACCCUGGAGGGACGCGCAUACAACUUUGACCAGAGCGCCGUGCUACAGGAGUGGGUGACAGCCACUGACCUGCUCAUCUCUCUGGACAGGCUCAACACAUUCGGAGAUGAGUUCUUCAAGGACGCCAAGGUGCUGCGAUCCUACUUCUACGCCAUCUCCGAUUUCUCCGUAGGCGCCAGGUGUAAGUGUAAUGGCCAUGGCAGUGAGUGUGUGUUGGACGAGCAGGGGGCUCUGGUGUGUGACUGCCAGCAUCACACUGUCGGGGUGGACUGCCAGAGGUGUCACCCAUUUUACCAGGACAGGCCUUGGGCCAGGGCCACCGGAGACUCAUCCAACCAGUGUAUGAAGUGUAACUGCAGUGGGCAGGCGGAUGUGUGUGUGUUCGAUGCGGAGCAGUACCUGGGUCGCUGUGUAGACUGUAGGGACCAGACUGAUGGACCGCAUUGUGAACGCUGUAGAGAGAACCACUACCGACGGUCACCACAGGACCCCUGCAGCCCCUGUGACUGUAACACCAUGGGUUCUGUGAGUCUGCAGUGUGGUGCGGAGGGGAAGUGUGAGUGCAGACCCAGUGUGUCAGGGGUGAAGUGUGACACCUGUCAACCCGGUUUCCACUCCCUCAGCCCUGGCGGCUGCAGGUUGUGUGACUGUGACCGUAGGGGAAGUGUGGGCGUCUGCUCUGUGCUGGAUGGUGGCUGUCACUGCAGGGUUAACGUGGAGGGACAGGCGUGUGACAGGUGUAAGCCAGGCUCCUUCAACCUGCAAGAGAACAAUCCAGCUGGAUGUACGCCCUGUUUCUGCUUCAGACACUCAUUGGCCUGCAGAUCGUCCAAUCACCAUGCAGCUGUCAACAUCACAUCGGACUUUCUUGAAGACACAGAUGGCUGGUCAGGACAGUUUUCCGGGGGACAGGAGUAUCCUCUGCUGUGGAAGGAAGGGGAUGUCUACAUGCUACCACUCAGUGAGGAUGAUCUCGGCUUCUACAGAGCUCCAGAGAGGUUCCUGGGGAACCAUCUCCUGAGCUACGGCCAGCUCCUUUCCCUGACCUUCACGGCCGAGGCCCAGUACCUCACAGUGCCACAGUGCUCCUGGAAGGAUCGGGAACCACCCUGUCAGCUGACCUUUCACCCCAACAUGGACCUGUCCACCAGCCGGGCCUCGCUCCCCAGCACACCUUCACUCUCAGGUAAAAACCUGUGUAAGGCGGCAACAUUAGCUGAGGUGUGCAUAUACACGUCCCAACUCACAGUGGUAACCCUGGCUUCCGCUGCCCCCUUCUCCAGUCCUGUUAUCCCCUCUACCCCUCCUGCACUCUGGGUAGAGGUGUGUACAUGCCCUCCUGGAUUUGGGGGUCAGUUCUGUGAGCUCUGUGCCCCAGGAUUCAGCAGAGAGGUCCCUAACGGAGGAUCCCUGUCUCCCUGUGUGCCUUGUACCUGCCACCAGCAUGGACCAUGCCACCCUGAGACAGGUGUGUGUGUGUGUAUCGACUUCACCACAGGACCAACCUGCGAGCGUUGUCUGGGUGGUUACUAUGGUAACGCGUUGAAUGGCAUGCCCAAUGACUGCACCUGCCCGGACCGUACCAGCUGUGCUCAAAUGAGCACGGGGGAGGUGGUCUGUACCAACUGCCCUUCAGGACAGAGGGGCAUCAGAUGCGAGAUGUGCGAGGACAGUUUCCACGGCGACCCCCUGGGCCGGUCAGGGCCGGUUCAACCGUGUGAGAAGUGCGACUGUAACGAUAAUGUGGACCCCAACGCGCUGGGCGUGUGUGAUCACAUGACGGGACACACCGAGGGAGACCAUUGCCAACGCUGCCGACAAGGUUACUAUGGGGACGCCCUGGACCGCACUGUGGCCCAGAAGUGCAAACCCUGUAAUUGCGACCCAAUGGGUUCCAGCUCCAUGCAGUGCCACAAGAACGGCACCUGUCCCUGCCGCCAGGGCUUCGUGGGGUACAGGUGUGACCAAUGUGAGCUCAACUACUUCCACAACAGAGCCACACACCAGUGUGAGGGGUGCCACGUCUGCUAUGGGCUAGCCAAGGAGCAGGCUGAGUUUGUUUCAGGUUUUGAUGUCACGUGCCCAAGUACAGGGAAAUGCCUUUCUUGCAAGCUCUAA